GAAUCCCACUCACACACACACAGCAACAAAAUGGCCUUAAUUAUGAAAUACAUCGAGAGCAUAAACAGAUAUAUGGACACACAUAGUGAUUCAAGGACAAAGGACUGGCCCAUGAUGUCAUCACCCUUCCCCACACUGGCCGUUUGCCUCACAUACGUCUACCUGGUUAAGGUGCUUGGCCCGCGAUUAAUGGAGAAUCGAAAGCCCUUACAUCUACAGAACCUGCUGGUCAUGUACAAUGCGUUACAGGUUGUAUUUAGUGCGUGGCUCUUCUAUGAGUGUUUAAUGGGCGGCUGGUGGGGUUCGUACAGCUUCCGCUGUCAGCCAGUGGACUAUAGCGAUAGUGCCACAUCUAGGAGAAUAGGAGUUUCCGGUUGGCUAACAGGACAUUAUAGCUUCCGAUGUCAGCCAGUUGACUAUAGUAAUAAUCCUAGAACGUUAAGGAUGGUUCAUGCGUGCUGGUGGUAUUACUUUUCCAAGUUCACAGAGUUCAUGGAUACGAUUUUCUUCGUGCUGCGCAAGAAGACGAGCCAGGUAACAACUCUCCAUGUGAUCCAUCACGGCUGCAUGCCCAUGUCGGUGUGGUUCGGUGUUAAGUUCACUCCAGGUGGUCACAGCACAUUCUUCGGCCUGCUCAACACAUUCGUUCACAUUGUGAUGUAUACGUACUACAUGUUCUCGGCCAUGGGUCCACAGUACCAGAAGUACCUCUGGUGGAAGAAGUACCUGACAACGCUGCAAAUGGUUCAGUUUAUUCUUAUCAUGGUGCACGCCUUCCAAUUGCUCUUUAUUGACUGCAAUUACCCGAAGGCCUUCGUCUGGUGGAUAGGCAUGCAUGCUGUUAUGUUCUUCUUCCUGUUCAACGAGUUCUACAAGGCAGCCUACAAAAACCGUAUAAUGAAGCAGAACGCAGCGCUGGCCAAUGGACACGCAAAGCCGAACGGCUACUGCAAGAGCAUCAAUGCCCACGACGAUCUGUUCUUGCCACAAACGACGACGACAGAGGCCGCAGCAGCAGCGUCAGCUACGGCCAAGGCCAACGGCAAUGCCAACACGGCGCUCAGCAAUGGUCAUGCGAAUGGCCUGAAGAACGGCUAUAAGGCGCUGGCCAAUGGCGAUGCGGUGACGUCCUUGACCAAUGGCAGUGCGCACAAAUCGAACGGUGUCCUGCUCGCCAAUGGCUUUGGCAAUGGCAACGGCUAUGCCACCCAGCUGCUGGACGAUGUCGCCCAGGAGCUGAAGCAUCGGAAGACACCGAAAUAAUAUCGGGAUAAUGCGGGUCGGCGCCAACAUAGAGCUUAGAGGAGAUGGUCAAACAGAAGAGAGCACAGCCAAGCGCCCGGAGCAGCAAUUCAUGCUCCAACAGUCAUAAGCACACACACAAAUCCACACACAAUCCACACCCACACACUCACACACACAUACACUCACCCUCUCACACUCGAACAGCAUUCAUUUACAUCCACAUAAGCAGAUAUACAUACAAGUUUCGGAUAUUGUAUUGACAUUGAAAUAACUUUUAGUGAA